AUGGCUGCCUCCCCAAACGACUGUACUGGAAUCUGUACCAACAGUAUUCUUACAUUAGACAGUUUACCAGAUGAAAUCCUAUUAACCAUUCUUAGUUUUCUACCUAUCAGUGACGCAUUAACACUGACUUCACUGGGGCCUGGAUGUCACCUUGGCAGGUUAGCCAAUGACCCUUCGCUUUUCAGAAGUUUAAACUUAAGCAAAUGCUACUAUCUUACAAGACGUAUUCUAGAGGAAAUACUCUUGAACUGGAGGAACACCAUUCAAUCUUUAGACAUAUCCAACUGUUACUGGCUAACGAAAGAAGAUCUAUCGUCUCUCGACUUUCGAUUACCAAACCUUGUGCAUCUUGGCAUUAGCAACACGGCUGUUGAAUUUGAAACAUUACAUCGUAUCCUUCACUACAGUAGCUCACUCCGUCGGCUGUCUUACAGUCAAAAUGCCGGCAUCAAUGGUAGUAUCAGCCAAUCAGCUGCUAGAACGUUGAAUCAACUUCAAGAGUUGCAUAUAUUAUGUAGCCCCAAGAAGUGCAUCAACGAGAUACCAUUUGCAGAAUAUUGUCAAAACCUUACUGCAUUUAGUAUAAAUGCGGCCUAUCGGGAAACUUGCAUGGAGGAGUGCAUGUGUACGAAGCCUUUAAAUGACGUCGUUUCAUUCCAAAAUCUGAUCCAUUUUAAGAUUGGACGAAGGGUUCUUGGCAGUCACAGAAGCAUGAAUUUAAACGCUGUGGAGUAUUCACCCAAUCAACAAACUGUGCUGUUAGCAGACGGCUGUUUUAAGCUGCCCAUCAGUGAGGUGAAAGAUGGCGGAUCACCUUGUCUGACAUCCUUACAGAUGACUAUUGUGCCAGAUCUCAAGACAAUAGAGUUUAAUUGUCUUAAGUAUUUGAACAUUGCUGGGAAUAUGAAUUUUACAGACUUAAAUGCAGUGGCUGAAAACUGCCGACAUUUGGAAACAUUGAAUAUUAGUUUCUGCACCGAUGUCUUGAAAACGGUCAAGAACGGAGAUAUGUGGACGGACCUGUCUGCUUUCCACGUCUUUAUACAUGCCAAGACACCACUUAAAUACCUCAAUAUAAGUGGAAUGCACCCUCAUCUUCAAGAAAAUCAACUUUGUCAGAUGCUGGCACUGCUACCUGGUUUAGUGAGUGUAUCAAUGCCUGUAUGUGGUCUACCAGAGAGGCAACAUCUACUACCAACAGCUAAGCCGACAUGUAGCCACCAGCAAGGCACAAGCAAAUCUAGUACUUCGAACUCUUCCAAUCUUAACAAGUGUUCUAGAUGCUCAAGAGUCCAGGGAUCUCAGUGGAUCGAGACAAACAAGAUGUACAUACAUGUGCAUUCAACAAUUUACACAAAGCUUUUGUUACUUGAACACAUUGUUUUUGCAUACAACAAUUUAUAUACAAGAGACAUCAUUAUUUUUAAACUUAUAACAUUGAUGUUUUUCAUCCUAACGAAAAAGCUGGAUGAGCUAAACAGCUGUGUUGUCUGCAGCAGUGACUUGUCAAGUCUCGUCAUUGGUUGUAGAAAGAUUCAGUCUUUUGAACUCAUUAAGACUGGUUUCGUCUCCGUCUUGAGUCCUCCGGCAGCACCGGCAGAUGAAGAUGCCAUACAAUGUGGUGAUGUAAUGGAGCCAGAAGACAGCCUACUUUGCAUCUCUCUAUGGCAUUAUCUUCAAUCUUUAGUACUAGCUGGAAUCCCAAGUAUCCUCCAUGGAUACAGCCUUAUAUCCAUCACUAAGGGAUGCACAAUGCUCACAUCAUUGUCUCUAUCUCACCUUGGACCAUAUCCAUAUGAUCAGUGUUUCUUCAUUCAGAAUCUGUGUCAGGCAAUGACAUAUGCAAAACAGCUACGAGAUUUUAGGUUUGAGCAGCCUAAGAUUGUAGACAUGAAGUGUCUCCUACAGAGUUUGAAAUGCUGCGCGAGGCUAACAAGGUUUUGCCUCAUAACGCAAACUGGAAAGAUCAAAGAAGUGGAUGAGUUAGUAGCUGUUAUGGAGCACUGCUGUAAUCUCAUGGUGUUACAAGUUAUAAGUAGUAUAUACUUUGGCACCUGUCUCAACUGGCAAAAAGCCAUAAUGGAUAAAUAUUCAGCAUGCAGGCCAGCCCUACAUGUCAUGCUUGCUAGCUAUAAGAAGACUGCAGCAUCAGACUGGAGGGAUGUAUACAAUAAGAUCCCUUUCAUUCAUCUAGAGGAGUUCACAUUAUUCCAGACUCGGGUUGCCACUAGUCCACCAUCAUGGCAGAUCAGAAACCAGACUCAGGAAGUGCACACAGUUUCAGAUAAAUGACCAAAGUAACUUUGUAAUUGUCAC